UGAGGGAGAUUCUUAAAAUCGAGUCUGUUACAUUCGAGAUGUUAGUUUCCUAAAUAGUUUUGAAAACGUGGUAACUAACAAAAUUGAUUGAAAAUUUAAUAUUAUUUUGAAAAAAAAAAUCGGAGAAAACGUGGCAAAGAUUUGACUUGACAGACGACAAGAAGUAUUUGGAAUUAUGACCCACUUUGAAAUUUGCAAGUGCGCGCACACAGCGGUUAGCGAGUUUUGGGUUUCUUUUGCUUGAAACCGAAAUCGAAGUCCGGGGGAAUCUGAAAGUUGGAAAUGACGGAGCAAACGAAGUUCAGCGUAGUGUGCAGUCUAUUCACUUGGAUGCAGCGGAGUAAGUCGUUGGCGAAGAAGCGCUCCAAGUUCCGCAAAUUCCUGGACACCUUCUGCAAUCCCCGCGAUUACUUCACAGCAAUCCGCCUCGUGCUCCCCAACCUGGACCGCGAGCGCGGUACCUAUGGCCUCAAGGAGUCCGUUCUCGCCACCUGUCUCAUCGACGCCCUCGGCAUGUCUCGCGACUCUCAGGACGCCCUCCGCCUUCUCAAUUGGCGCAAAGGAGGCGCCCAAACUGGUGCCAAUGCCGGCAAUUUUCCUCUCGUUGCUGCGGAGGUUUUGCAGAGUAGACAAGGAAUGGCGUCCGGUGGACUAACAAUUAAGGAUGUCAAUGACUUGCUCGAUCGUUUGUCUUCCAGUGAAAACAGGGCCGAGAAGACAUCAGUUCUUUCUACUCUGAUAAACAAAACAAAUGCACAGGAAAUGAAGUGGAUUAUUAUGAUUAUUCUUAAAGAUCUAAAGCUGGGGAUUAGUGAAAAAAGCGUUUUUCAUGAAUUCCAUCCUGAUGCUGAAGACUUGUUUAAUGUUACCUGUGACUUAAAAUUGGUUUGUGAAAAGCUGAGGGAUAGAACUCAACGGCAUAAUCGACAGGACAUUGAAAUUGGAAAAGCUGUGCGCCCUCAACUAGCUAUGAGAGUUACCGAUGCUACGGCUGCAUGGAAAAAGCUCCAUGGGAAAGAAGUGGUUGUUGAGUGCAAAUUUGAUGGUGAUCGCAUCCAAAUUCAUAAGAAUGGAACUGAGAUACAUUUCUUCUCAAGGAACUUUCUUGAUCACUCUGAAUAUGGACAUGGGAUGUCAGACAUUAUCAUACAAAAUGUUUUGGUUGAUAGAUGUAUACUGGAUGGUGAAAUGUUAGUCUGGGAUACAUCUUUGAAUCGUUUUGCUGAGUUUGGCUCAAAUCAGGAAAUAGCCAAGGCAGUGAAGGAUGGACUGGACAGUGAUCGACAGUUGUGCUAUGUUGCGUUUGAUAUUCUUUAUGUUGGGGAUACCAGCGUAAUUCACCAAAGCUUGAAAGAACGGCAUGAGCUUCUACAGAAAGUUGUGAAGCCUUUGAAGGGUCGUUUGGAGAUCUUAGUACCUAAUGGUGGUCUUGAUCUUAAUACUCACUGCCUUUCUGGGGAGCCUUGUUGGUCACUUAUUGCUCAUAAUGUGGAUGAUGUUGAGAGGUUCUUCAAAGAAACCAUUGAGAACAGAGAUGAAGGGAUUGUUUUAAAGGACCUUGGUUCCAAAUGGGAACCUAGUGAUCGGACUGGAAAGUGGUUGAAAUUGAAGCCUGAGUACAUUCGUGCUGGUUCUGAUCUGGAUGUUCUAAUCAUAGGAGGAUACUAUGGAUCUGGACGCCGUGGUGGGGAGGUAGCUCAAUUCUUGGUGGGCAUUGCAGAGCUUCCAGCCCCUAAUACCUAUCCUAGACGAUUUCUUUCUUUCUCCAGAGUGGGCACUGGACUUUCUGAUGAAGAGCUAGAUGCUGUUGUAACUAAAUUGAAGCCUUAUUUUAGGAAAUAUGAGUACCCACGGCAGCAACCACCAAGUUUUUAUCAAGUAACGAAUAACUCAAAAGAAAGACCGGAUGUUUGGAUUGACAGCCCGGAGAAAUCAAUAAUUCUUUCAAUUACCAGUGAUAUCCGAACAAUAAGGUCUGAGGUAUUUGCCGCUCCUUAUAGCCUGAGAUUUCCGCGUAUUGACCGAGUGAGAUAUGAAAAGCCUUGGCAUGAAUGCUUGGAUGUGCAAUCUUUUGUAGAACUAGUACAUUCAAGCAAUGGUACUACACAAAGGGGGAUGGAUUAUGGUGGCCUUCAGGAAAGUAAGCCAAAACGAAUGAAAACCUCUAAGAAGGGAAAUGUCUCCAUUGUUCCUUCUCAUUUAAGCCAGACUGACGUUUCUGACAUUAAGGGAGGCUCGUCAAUAUUCUUGAAUAUGAUGUUUUACUUCGUUAAUGUCCCACCAACCCAUUCUCUUGAUUCAUUCCACAAAAUGGUUGCUGAGAAUGGAGGGACUUUCUCAAUGAAUUUGAACAACUCAGUUACCCAUUGUGUUGCAGCUGAUAGCAAGGGGAUUAAGUAUCAGGCGGCGAAACGUCAUGGAGAUAUUAUUAAUUACUCUUGGAUAUUGGAUUGUUGCUCACAGAAGAAGCUCCUUCAUUUACAGCCAAAGCACUUCCUCUUCCGUUCCAAUUCAUCAAAGAAGUUACAAGAAGAAAUUGAUGAAUUUUCUGACUCUUACUACCAGGAUCUUGAUCUUGCAGACAUCAAACAGCUCUUAAGUAAUGUGAACAGAUAUGAAGAUACAAAAACUGUCGACUGUUAUAAGAAGAAGUACUGUCCAAAGGAGAAAUGGUCUCGUUUUCAUGGCUGCUGUGUUUACCUUCACCCUCCAGUACCAUCUUUGAAACCGGAUUGGGAAGUUCUGAUGGGGCUUGCAUUGAAGAGGUUGAAGCUUGAGGUUUCCAUUGCUGGUGGAAAAGUCAGUGACAGUCUUGUCCUUGCUACCCAUUUGGUAGUCUUGUCAGUACCAGGUUUCGAAGUGGACUUCGAAACUGUAUUAAAUAGCUUCACUUCAUCAGAGAAGAAUCUUUUAAUGAACAAGAGGUUGCAUGUUGUGAAAUAUCAAUGGUUAGAAGACUGCAUGGAGAGGGACAAAAGAUUGCAAGAAGAAACAUAUAGCUUGAAGACCAUUGAGGUGGAAGAUUCAAGCACUGCAGAGUGCAAACACGAUGUGGAUCUAGGAGCCAUUUCUGGAUUGGACAAUUUAGACAAUCAGAAUAUAUCCUCUUCUCUUGAUGUAAGGGAACAGAGAAGGGAGAAAACUGCUCCAGAAAUUCCUAAAAUUUUGGUCUCACAUGAGGAGGUUGGGAAAAGGAAAAGAGGAAGACCUGCUGGUGGUACAAGCAAUAGAAAAGGAAAAACAACUGUGGCACAAGCUCGAAGAACACGAGCAUGUACUGGAAAGAAGCCUGCAAAAAUUUGUGAUAAUGAAUCAGAUGAAAGCGGGUCUCACAACGAGAAGACUUGCAGGGAAGAAAUCAAAAGUAGAGAAGGAAAUCACAAAAUGUCAUGUAAGGAAAGUUCAGAAAUCCAAGAGACUAAAAUGGUACAAGAUUCUGAAUCAUCAUAUAGAGGCAAGGCAGCUGAGGAAGAAGUUGAAAAAGAUGUUAGAUAUGAAGAGUACAAUAUAGUUCCUAAUAUUGAGCUGAUUGAAACGCAUAGAAGCCAAGACACUGAGAGGCCUGAAAAAUUCGAAGUUAUGAUUGAUCCUGUUCAAGCCAUGUUGUUGGACAUGAUUCCGAGCCUUGGAGUGAAGAAAAUUGAGACUACAGAUACAAUUCUUGAAGAUGAGAAACCGCUCUUGGAUCCCAAUGCAGAGCCUACAAAGAAAAAGAAAGUCAGCUACAAGGACGUUGCUGGUGAGCUCCUGAAGGAUUGGUAAUAUCUUACAUCUGUGUUGGCUGUAAGUUUUGUAUCAAAUGUCUGUUUUAGAGUGAGACAGGGUUGGGGAACAAACUAGCUUUUCAGUAAGCUUGUUUCGUGCUUGUGUACUAUUUGCAAAUUUCUUGUCAGAUGCAUGCACCAUAAUUAGUCAUUCAGUGGAGAAGUAGAUGAUAGUAUCUGUUCAAAAUAAUUGAUUUUGUUGUUGUUGUUGUUGGUUUGGUCUGAACACAUUUCAUUUAUGGGUAUGCCCCUAACAUCGUCCAGCAACGUAUUGAAGGACCAAUAGUUUAUACCACAUGAUUUGUUCCUCCAGAUCUUUUGGUUGAUGUGAGCCACAAUUCAAAAGGAGCGUAUGGAAGUGUUGCUAACUUUCUAUUGAUUUUUACAUAGAAACAUAUAAUUAAUGUUGUUA